AUUGACAUUUUCAUGGUUACAUCAUUUCAAUUGAAAACUCGUUCGUUUGAAAUAAGAUUCUUAUCUGUGGCGAUGUUACUUGACUAUAAAGAUUACGCACAUGGAUGCACCUGAAGUUCAGGUCCGGGUCACUUGAACGCUGAAACGAAACUGGCAUUUCUAGACACUUCCUAUUUUUUCAAUUUUCAGAACCAUUCUUCCAGAAAGGGAAAUGUCAACACCAUAUUCUCAUCGAUCAGGUACAGGUUAUAAAAAAGCAGAAAAAACGAAUAAACUGCCAAUGCGACAUUUUCGCAAAUCAAAUUAACUGGUUUUAUAUAUACCGAAACUGUGAGCGAAAUGUUAUGCAAAUGAGGCAAACGCCGACGAAAGAGAAAUGUGUACAUCGCGGAACCGCGUUUGAACCGGCUUACACCAAAUAGGUUGCAGAAAAGAAAAGAAAAGAAAUAGAUUAAGUGCGCGAUCUUCAAACGAUUGGACUUAGUUUUUGAAUUAGCGAAAGACGAAUUCGGUGCUUAGUGGGGAGUCGCAACAUUUUUAGUAUAAAUACUCAUUCCAUUCGAUUCGAAAAUCAAACCAAAUUUGUUCUAUCAACAGGUAACAGUUUUAGCUAAUCGGACAAAAAUGAAAGUCUUGAUCGUGUGCAUGUUCGCCUUGGUGGCAACCAGCAUGGCUGCCGGUUCAGCCAAAAAAGAAAAGCGUGGUGUAUUUGGUUUGGGUUAUGGUGGUUUCGGCGGUAGCUCAUUCGGUUCAGCCUACUCAGCACCUUUGGCCACAUCAUACGCUGCCGCUCCAGCUAUUGCCACCACACACCAACACACCCACUCAGUUGAACGUAUCAAUGUUCCACAACCCUACCCAGUCGAACGCACAAUCGUCAAGACUGUUGGUGUUGACCGUCCAGUCCCACAACCCUACCCAGUCCCAGUUGUGAAACACGUUCCACAACCAUACCCAGUUGAACGUCAAGUCCCACAACCAUACCCAGUUGCAGUUAAAUACCCAGUUGAACAUCCAGUCCCAGUUCCAUAUGAACGUGUCAGCACCGUUAUCCAAAAGGUCGGAGUUCCACACCCAGUUGCCGUUGACCGUCCAGUAGCUGUUCCAUACCCAGUCCCAGUCCACACUGCUCCAGCCAUCAAAACCAUCUCACACGCUGCCCCAGCUUUCUCAAGCUAUGCUGCCCCAGCUUACACCAGCUCAUACGCCGCCCCAGCCAUAAUUAAUGAAUAAAAUACUCCAAAUUCAAA